GCGGAAGUGCCCGCUCGCUCACUUCCGGCGGGCGGCGGCGGGCGGCGGCUGCGGACUCCUCUAGUAUGACUGGUGCAGACACCCCACCUGCUCUCUAACCAUGAAGGAGACAGACCGGGAGGCUGUAGCAACAGCUGUCCAGAGGGUUGCUGGGAUGCUUCAGCGCCCGGACCAGCUGGACAAAGUGGAGCAGUACCGCAGAAGAGAGGCCCGGAAGAAGGCAUCCGUGGAGGCCAGACUGAAGGCUGCGAUCCAGUCCCAGUUGGAUGGUGUGCGCACAGGCCUGAGCCAGCUCCACAAUGCAUUGAACGACGUCAAAGACAUCCAGCGGUCCCUGGCUGACGUCAGCAAAGACUGGAGGCAGAGCAUCAACACCAUUGAGAGCCUCAAGGAUGUGAAGGAUGCUGUCGUGCGGCACAGCCAGCUUGCUGCGGCCGUGGAAAACCUCAAGAACAUCUUCUCAGUGCCCGAGAUUGUGAGAGAGACCCAGGACCUCAUAGAACAAGGGGCACUCCUGCAAGCACAUCGGAAGCUGAUGGACCUGGAGUGCUCCCGGGAUGGGCUGAUGUAUGAGCAGUACCGCAUGGACAGUGGAAAUACUCGUGACAUGACCCUUAUCCACAGCUACUUUGGGAGCACGCAGGGGCUCUCAGACGAGCUAGCCAAGCAGCUUUGGAUGGUGCUGCAGAGGUCGCUGGUCACUGUUCGCCGUGACCCCACCUUGCUUGUUUCAGUUGUUAGAAUUAUCGAAAGGGAAGAAAAAAUUGACAGGCGCAUACUUGAUCGAAAAAAGCAAACUAGUUUUGUUCCUCCCGGGAGGCCCAAGAAUUGGAAGGAGAAGAUGUUUAUCAUCUUGGACAGAACUGUGACUACGAGAAUUGAGGGUACCCAGGCAGAUACCAGGGAGUCCGACAAGAUGUGGCUUGUCCGCCACCUGGAAAUCAUAAGAAAGUACGUCCUAGAUGACCUCAUCAUUGCCAAAAACCUGAUGGUUCAGUGUUUCCCUCCCCAUUAUGAGAUCUUCAAAAACCUCCUGAGCAUGUACCACCAGGCCCUGAGCACGCGGAUGCAGGAACUUGCGUCUGAAGACCUGGAAGCCAAUGAGAUCGUGAGCCUAUUGACAUGGGUUUUAAACACGUACACGAGUGGAGAGAUGAUGGGGAACAUGGAGCUGGCCCCGGAAGUGGAUGUCAGCACCCUGGAGCCUUUGCUUUCCCCAGAUGUGGUCUCUGAGCUGCUUGACACGUACAUGUCAACUCUCACUUCAAACAUCAUUGCCUGGCUGCGGAAAGCACUAGAAACAGACAAGAAAGACUGGAUAAAAGAGACAGAGCCCGAAGCUGACCAGGAUGGGUACUACCAGACGACACUCCCUGCCAUCGUCUUCCAGAUGUUCGAACAGAAUCUUCAAGUUGCUGCUCAGAUAAGUGAAGAUUUGAAAACAAAGGUACUCGUUUUGUGUCUUCAGCAAAUGAACUCUUUCCUGAGUAGAUACAAAGAGGAAGCGCAGUCAUACAAAGAAGAGCACCUGCGGAAUCGGCAGCACCCACACUGCUACGUCCAGUACAUGAUUGCUAUCAUCAACAACUGCCAGACCUUUAAAGAAUCCAUAGUCAGUUUAAAAAGGAAGUAUUUGAAAAGUGACGUGGAAGAAGGCGUGUCUCUGAGCCAACCGAGCAUGGAUGGGAUUCUGGACGCCAUUGCAAAGGCGGGCUGCAGCAGCCUACUGGAGGAGGUCUUCCUGGACCUGGAGCAACAUCUCAGUGAGCUGAUGACAAGGAAGUGGCUGUUAGGAUCCAAUGCCGUGGACAUUAUUUGCGUUACUGUGGAAGAUUAUUUCAGUGAUUUUGCCAAAAUUAAGAAGCCGUAUAGAAAGAGGAUGACUGCAGAGGCACAGCGGCGCGUGGUGCUGGAGUACCUGCGGGCCGUCAUGCAGAAGCGCAUCUCCUUCCGCAGCGCAGAGGAGCGCAAGGAGGGCGCUGAGAGGAUGGUCCAGGAGGCCUCGCAGCUCCGCCUCCUAUUCCGGAAGCUGGCCUCGGGGUUUGGUGAGGAUGCAGAUGGACACUGUGACACCAUUGUGGCCAUCGCAGAAGUUAUUAAGCUGACAGACCCAUCUCUGCUCUACCUAGAAGUCUCCACUCUGGUCAGCAAAUACCCAGACAUCAGGGAUGAGCACAUUGGUGCACUGCUGGCCAUGCGAGGGGAUACCAACCGGGACAUGAAGCAGACCAUCAUUGAGACGCUGGAGCAGGGCCCGACGCAGGCAAACCCAAACUACGUGCCCAUCUUCAAGGAGAUUGUGGUUCCCAGCCUGAACGUGGCAAAGCUCCUCAAGUAAGCUGUCAGGCCCCAGCCUCGCCCAGUACUGUGCCUGUCACCCCACCCCUGGAAUCCAGCAGCAGCCAGAGUAACGAGACGCCCACUUCUGCGUGCCUGCCUCCUGCUGCCAUGCUCACGGCCUCGUGAAGAACAGGCAGUCUGACGGCCGUACUCUUCUGGCUUUCUCAUUUUCCUGCUGUCCUAUGUGAGGCAGCUGUGGUGUCCCCAGAGCCCCAGGUCUCCCCCAUAUCUGCCCAGUGUCCAUACCUCCAGAACUGCUGCUCAAUAAAAGAGUCUGAAUUCCUGAAGGGAAUAGACGAC